GUGGGUGUGACCUAUAGCCUUGUCUCCGAGGGGUACAAUAAAGUUUAAGAAGUUUGAAAAGGGGUGUGGCCGGAGCUCGGCGAGGCGCCUGGAGAAGGGUGCGCGACAUGGGGGUCACCGUGGACGUUCACCAGGUGUUCCAGUACCCCUUCGAGCAGGUGGUCGCUUGCUUCCUCCGAAAGUACCCCAACCCCAUGGAUAAUAAUGUCAUCGCUGUAAAAACUGUGGAAGAAAAGAAAGAUGAAUCAACAGGACUCAUCUAUAGAAAGAGGAUUGCUAUCUGCCAGAAUGUGGUGCCAGAAAUUUUAAGAAAGGUGAGUAUUUUAAAGGUACCUGAUAUCCGACUAGAAGAAGAAUCGUGGCUCAGUCUUCAGAAGAGGAACAUGGCUAUCCGGAGUCACUGCCUCACUUGGACACAGUAUGCAUCCAUGAGGGAAGAGUCUGUCUUCCAGGAAAGUGUGGAAAACCCAAAUUGGACAGAGUUUAUUCAAAGAGGCAGAAUUUCAAUCACUGGGGCUGGAUUUUUCAACUGUAUUUUGGAAACUUUUGCUAGUGCAUUCUUAAGACAGGGAGCCCAGAAGGGAAUUAGAAUAAUGGAGAUGCUGCUAAAGGAACAGUGUGGUGCUCCCUUAGUGGAAUAAAAAUCAUCAGGAAGCUGCCUCUGUGUUUACUCUUUUUUUUUCCCCAAUCACUUCUUGGCCGUGGCUUCAUAGGCAAAAUUACUGGAUGCAGUUUCAGGACACAGACUCAGUGGCUUAGAAAAGAAGAGACCUUCCUGCCAGAGCAUGGACUGACACUCCACUUUGGAGCCUGCUUCAAAUCAGGGGACUCAUGGAGAUGAGACCUUUUCAGCUGGAAUUUUAUGGCAUGGUCUCUUUAUGAUCUUAUGAAUAAAGGGAAGGAACAUUUCAGAUAAUAUCUGUGCUUCCUCAAGAUGUUUUGCUGAUUUCCUGUGAUGGUGCCAG